CUCUCGCUUGCGACUCCUCCCGAUUUGUCACGCCUCUACAUAUGGUCCUGGCCCUCCUCUGCCUGGCCGCGCGGUUGGCGUCUCGGGCCUGCGCCCCGGCGCGCGGCUUCGGCACGCGCACGCUCGGCGUUGACUUUGGUCUACGCCGCACCGGCCUCGCUGUCUCGGCCGGCAUCGCGCCGCUCCCGAUCGGCAUCAUCGACGACCAGUCGGCCAACCUGACGGCGGUCGCGGCGCAGGUGGUGCGCGCGGCUCGGUCCGAGGGCGCAUCCCAGCUCGUGCUCGGCAUGCCGUACAACAGCUCGGGCGGCGAAGGCGAGCAGGCGGUAGCCACCCGCCGGUUUGGAGAGCUUCUGGCACGUGAGGCGGCGCCGCGCCCCGUCUACCUCUGGGAUGAGCGCUUCUCGUCAGCGGAGGCGUCCAUGCGCGCCAACGCCGGCGACGGUGCCGCACGCGGCCAGUCGAUCGACGACGUCGCCGCCGCCAUCAUCCUCGAGGAGUUCUUCGAGGGCGACUUCGCCUCCGCCGAGCUCAUCGCGCCGCCGCCGGAGGAGAGACGAGGGGCGCGAGCGCACGCGCGAUUGGUGCAGCCGCCGCCGCCGCCGUCGCACGCCGAGGUGCGCGCCGCGAUGAUGGCGAGGGCCGCGGCGCAGAGCGGCGGGACGAGCGGCGGCGCGAACGGGCAGGGGGGGAGGAGGCGGAAGAAGAAGAGAUAGGUAAAGAGCGGCCGCAUGAGCGCCGCGGUGCUCGUCGGUGCGGGCAGACAGUCUCGCGAGAAUGCGCUAAUUUUU